GGGAGAGGGGGAGCUGCUGUGUAGUGAGAGCUAUUCAGUGCUGUGCCGUGAAUCGAACACCGAAAAAUUAGCUGAGACACCGUUUCGCGGAGACAAUAACCCACAGGAGUAAUGGCGGCCACGCUCAAACCUUAUUUGAACGCUGUGCGGCAGACAUUGAACGCAGCAAUGUGUUUAGAGAACUUCAAUUCUCAGGUCAUCGAGCGGCACAACAAACCUGAAGUGGAAAUACGAGGGAACAAGGAACUUUUGUUGAGACCUGUGGUGAUAUCUCGAAACGAGAAGGAACGCGUUCUGGUCGAAGGAAGCGUCAACUCCAUAAGAGUGUCCAUCGCUGUGAAACAAGCCGAUGAAAUAGAGAAAAUUUUGUGCCACAAAUUCAUGCGAUUCAUGAUGAUGAGAGCUGAGAAUUUCAUCAUUUUGAGACGGAAACCGAUCGAAGGAUACGACAUUUCAUUCCUGAUCACCAAUUUUCACGCGGAAGCGAUGUUCAAACACAAGCUCGUCGAUUUCGUCAUCUACUUCAUGGAGGAAAUCGACAAAGAAAUUUCCGAGAUGAAACUUGCUCUCAACGCGCGCGCUCGAAUCUGCGCCGAAGAGUUCCUCAAAAAGUUCUGAAAGGAGCUUCCUCCGCGGUCGGCUUUCGAUUCUCUGGCUACAGGGAAGUUAGGGCUUUAGUUUUCGGCUGAACGCUGCCCUCUCACAAGAGCUUGGACGAUCCCGAAGCCCGUAGCGUCAUAUUUCUGUCUACUUAUGAGCGAGCAAGCGUACCCUACGAGGUUUGCCCCAAUGGUUCUCGUUUGUUUGAGCAAGCAAAUGGCGUGAAUCCACAAGGGUCUCCCGAAAACAAAGACUUCGACGAAUAGUGUUUAUUAUCAACAAUGAACAGGCGAGAUGAUAACAGACAAUAAAUUAAGGACGAUGU